CGGGCGAGGAACCCAGCGGGUGCGGAACGCAGCGGCCCCGGAACGCAGCGGCCCCGGUUCCGCUUCUGCUGGGCCCGGACCAAGCGGCGCAAGCGGAAGUGCGCGGGGCAGCGCUGAUUCCGUGGCGGCGGUGCUCGGUGCUGGCCCGGCCGCGGGGCUGACAUGAUGGUCCACAGCCAGUCUCAGAAACGUUCACGAAGCAGGAGCAAAAGCAGUUCUCAGAGCAGACAGGAGAAGAAAAGGAGGAAAAGCAGCAAGGACUCGCACCGGGGAAGCAGGUCUCCUCCAAAGAAGCUGACUUCUGCUUCUCACAAACACAAGUCAAGCUCAGCAGCAGAAAAUAAGAAGAAAAGAAAGGACAAAAAAAAGAAGUCAAGUACCUCUUCCCCUGAAACAGCAUAUUCAUCCACCAGCUCCUCCUCAUCUUCAUCUUCCUCCAGUUCCUCUUCUGAUGACUCCAGUGACAGUGACUCCAAAACAAAGAAGAGGCAGCAUGGAAAAAAAACCCAAGCAAAACAGAAAGACAAGAAGAAGAAGAAGAAGAAGAAGAAGAAGAAGAAAAUAAAGAAGAAAUCAAAAAAGAAGUCAAAGGAAAAGGUGAAGGAAGAGAAACCCAAGGGAGAAGUGGUGUCCGGCCCCUCACUGGAGCAGUGGCAGGAGGCAGUGGUGGACUCCGGCCCAGUUUUGACAGACGAACAAAAAUCCCGAAUCCAGGCUAUGAAACCAAUGACGAAGGAAGAAUGGGAUGCGAGGCAGAGCGUCAUAAGGAGAGUUGUGGAUCCUGAAACGGGGAGAACCAGGCUUAUUAAGGGAGACGGAGAAGUACUAGAAGAAAUUGUCAGCAAGGAAAGACACAAGGAGAUUAACAAGCAAGCCACCCGGGAAGAUGGGCUGGCCUUCCAGGUGAGGACGGGGAUGCUGCAAUGAGCACUGGGAGCCUGCUCUGCCAGGACCCUGCCCUGCUGCCAGUGCCAGCCCAGGUGUGAGCCUCUGUCUCUGGACCAUGCA